AUGUAUAACUAUUCUAAUAUACCUUUAAGAUCUAAUUUAGCUCCAGUACAACUUGGAGGUAACGUUAAAGGGCGACAAGGGAAACGUCGCCCAGCCGUGGGAUUAGAAGCUAGCGCACCCGUGGGCAAAAAAGGUCGAUCAGCUGAUUUAGGGGCUUUGAAACUCCCCUCCCAUGGCUAUCCCACGGAACAUCCCUUUAACAAGGAUGGUUAUAGGUAUAUCCUGGCGGAACCGGAUCCCCAUGCUCCGUUUAGACAGGAGUUUGACGAAAGCAACGAAUGGAGCGGGAAACCAAUCCCGGGAUGGCUCUAUCGGUCUUUGUGUCCGGGGAUAGUUCUCUUAGCUCUGCACGAUCGAGCGCCACAGUUGAAAAUAGCUGAGGAUCGCUUAGCUGUCACUGGGGAAAAGGGCUAUUGUAUGGUUCGGGCUACCCAUGGCGUGUCCCGGGGGAUUUGGUAUUGGGAAGCGACUGUUGAAGAGAUGCCCGAAGGUGCAGCCACUCGCCUUGGAUGGGGACGGCGGUAUGCCAACUUGCAAGCGCCGUUGGGAUAUGAUAAGUUUGGUUAUUCCUGGCGCAGCCGGAAAGGGACUAGGUUUCACGAGUCUCGCGGCAAACAUUACAGCGCGGGUUACGGUGAGGGCGAUACAUUGGGCUUCCUUAUAAUAAUGCCCGAUAGUGUCUCUACCAAAUACACGCCUAAUACUUACAAAGAUAGACCUCUAGUCAAAUUCAAGAGUCACCUUUACUACGAAGACAAAGAUAACAUACAAGAAUCUCUAAAUAAUCUCAAACCCCUGCCCGGCAGUAAGAUUUUCUAUUUCAAAAAUGGCGAAUGUCAAGGUGAAGCGUUCUUCAAUGUAUACCAAGGAUGUUAUUAUCCAACUGUUUCCUUGCACAAGAAUGUCACAGUCAGUGUGAAUUUUGGGCCAAACUUCAAGUAUCCACCCACAACCGAGUAUAACUAUAGACCGAUGUCAGAAAAAGCAGAAGAAGCGAUAUGCGAACAAACUAUGGCAGAUUUACUGUUCCUCACUGAAAAUGAAGGCAAAUUGCGUCUCGACACGUUCAACCUC